UCCAGAAAAACAACUGUCCUGGCUCAAAACGAGGUGUCCCGUUUCAUUUUGCGAAGGUUGUAACUGUCAGCUCGCAGGCGGCUCAAGUCUUCGUCAGGCCCACCUCCUGUCGCCCUGAGUGACCACCGGGAAUGAAGCUGGCAGGCCCUGUUCCCGCCACAGCACGGUGGGCGCGAGACCGCAAGGCAAGGCGAAUGAUUUUGGCGGGCAUUUCCGCUGACUGCCUUUAGGUAGAUAUCCGCCGAUCAAGACGGGCUGUUCCAGCAACCAAAUCUUGAGCUGAUCUUCAAGUGCUUUCGCACGGGCUUUACUCGCGCUACCGAGAAGUCACGUCUGUAAGAAUGGAGAUCAUCCCGACCGAAGGACUCGUUGGCCUGCUUGGCAGCCACCGCGAAGCCGAAGGCGUUCCUCAGGAUUGUCUCCCUGCCGUGCCCAAAGAACAGGAGUAUGACAUCGCAGAGCUCGACUACAGUUUUCUGCCCAAAUGCAAUAAUGCCUUUAAGCUCAAACAGCUUCUGGCCGUGCUAAAAUCCGGCGUCCACGGCGUCUAUCGCGACCUGGAAGAUGCCUUCGAGAAACGGAUCACCGAACUAGAUCCGGGUUUUGCUCUCAUGCGGCCAUCCCUAUCGAAAGUGUGCAGCCCCGAGGAUAUGAAUGAAUUCAGUAGCAUGGUGCUGGACCUCAAGGCCAAGGAUAAGGCGAUAAGUUCGACCGCUCAAAACAAGCGAGCGGCUCGACCAAGAUCACAAAUAGGCCAACUGGAUGUUUUACAUGAAGCCGUUGGGGAAUUGGAUGCUCUGGCGGUCCAGGUCGUCGGUCGUCGCUCGGCCACGGUGGUUGCUCGUGCGGCUGAGCCUGCUGCUGGUACCUCGAGCUCGAAAGCUCCUCAGGCGACACCGAUUGCGAGCCAAAAAUCCGCUGUGCCCAAGGACCCGCGGUACUGGGAUAAAUACAAUGUAGAAGAAGAGCUCAACAGGAUCGAUCAGGACUCAAGCAAGCCUAUGGAGAAAUCUGUAAUCAACAAGCCCUCGGUCCAGCUCACCAACAUAAACACAGCUGGCAUGUCUGCGGAGGAGCGCAUGCUCUUGUCUGAGAUGGAGAAGAACAAGGGCAACGAAGUAUUUAGGCUCGGGGAAUACGAAGAGUCGAUUGUGUUUUACUCGCGCAGUUUGGCCAUUAUGCCGAGGGCCAAUGUCUUGACGAAUCGAUCCUUGGCAUACAUUAAAACAAAAGAUUAUGAGAGAGCUGAAAAGGAUGCUUCGGAUGCCUUGGAAUUCAACGAUCCGAGCUCCAAUCUGAAAGCCCAUCUCCGGCGUGGACUGGCCCGCAGCAAUCGCGGGAAAUACAGAGACGCAAUUGAAGACUUUCGGUGUGUCCUCGAGCUUGAUCCUACGAGCAAAGAAGCCAUGCAGGGAAUCAAAAAUGCUCAAAAACGAGCCGAUGAGGCUCGGCCUACUGUGAGCACUGUGUCUGGAUCCGGCAAGCGCAUGGCCAUUGUCGAGGUCGACGACGAGACCGAAUCAGAAAUACAAGUCUCGCCAGGCAAAAUCAUCGGAGUCAACGCUCAUCAGAGCGAGGAAGAAGACAAAGCGACUAGCCCAGAGCAAGCUUUUCAACCCUUGAUUAUGGAAGUGGGGAGCAGCGACACACACGCCCCUGUCCGCUGCGAGGAUACAGUAAAUAGCAGGGCCAGCCAAGAUCGGGCCCUAUCCAUCACUAUCGAAGAGCUCGAUUCGGACGAGGAGGACGACGACUUUUGGGAUCGUACGGUGAUCACACAGGAGCUCAACCAAGAGGCAGCUGUGGGCACACAAGGCCGGGCCGAGAGCAACGAAUAUCCAUCACAGUGCAAGAGUGGCGAGCAACAAAUUGAGGGUAAUCAGGAUGUCGAUAAAGAAGCGACUGAAAGCGGCGUGGAAAAUGAAUCAGUCAGCAUGAAUCACAGCCCGCGUGCGAGUGCACCGAAAGCCGUGUCGGCAGCACUUGCACCCGAUGUUCGUAUCGGCGACCAAGUGGGAAAGGCCAUUCCCAAGACAUCCUUUGAAUUCGACAGUUUCUGGAAGUCCAGCGAAAGCGUGUCAAGCCGGAUCGAAUACCUCAGGCGAAUGCCGGCGCUGCUGCUUCCGAAACUCCUCGCGAACAGCACCUGCCAGAAUGCCAUCUCCGAGAUCCUCCAUGUCCUCGUGGCUAUGACCAACGAUGAUCCGGCGACCAGUCUCGACUUUUUCCGUGCUCUGCCCCAGACGCAACGAUUCCGGAUCACGCGAUCGUUUUGGUCGCGCAAGGAUAUAGAAAACAUUCGUGCCUUGCUGGAGUAUGUACCGGCCCAGGACGAGCAAGCGAGCCUCUGCGAGGCAUUCAUAGCGAGCUCGAAAUGAAAUGGUUGCUCGUUUGCGAGCCCAGAGGGUGACUUUUUCGGGAGCCUUAAUACGCCUCAUCUGCUGCCCGUCAUGACCAAACAGCGUGCGUGUCCAG